AACACAACAAUUACCACCAAAAUCCAACAUUACAAUUCCAAGAACAAAGACUCAAUUUUUAUACUUCUUUUCAAAUCAUAGAUUGAGUUCAAAAGUUAAACCAUUAAAAUACAAACAAAUGAACAGAAACCCUUUAAUACUUUCAACAAUUUCAUAGAAACUAAGGGAAAAUUAUACAAGCUGAAUAGUCUACAACUUCUGGGUGACUUUCUUCUUUUUAGGAGGAAGCACAAUAUUUGAAGGUAGGAAUUAUUAUAAUCUGUGACAACCCAGUUGUAGGUAUUAAAGUUGCUUCAUCUGAUUCAAGGCCCUUCAAAACCCGUACAAAUGAAAUUACUACGACAAAAGAGAAAUCUUCAAUUUCUUCUUGACUACAGAAAAGGGUUGAAAAAAUUUCUUUCUAUACAUUCUAGUGAAUGUAGCCCAACUCGAGAAUUGGGUAGAGAAGGACGGAAGAAUUUGGAAGAAGAAGAAUGUUAGUUGAAUGUGAAUAAAAUUGGGUCAAGAAAUCAGAGAGACCCAUUUUGUCUUCUUCAAAUUUCUCAAAAAAUCCUUGUAAUGCUGUUUUCUAGUUUCUUCAACAAAUCAAUAUUUCAGUCUUGCACUCACAAUUAUAGACUCAAAUCAGUAACAAUAAAUGAAUUUCACCAAUAUUUUUCGACUUCUUUUUUAGAUCUAGAUUCAAACCCAAAGCUUCAAUAUGUCAUAAAUGGUGAGUUUCGACGUUUACCAUCAAAUUCUUUCAAUAAACAACAGUAUAAUUUAGAUCCAAGCACAAUAAACAAUUAAAAAUCAGAUUUCAAUAAUGUAAACCCCAAAUCAAUCAUUGAACCAAAGGACUCAUUCGAACUCAGACUUGGAAAUGAGCUUCAAAACCCGUCAAUGUGCAUCUUUCCAAUUCUUCAAAUCAAGACAUUGAAGAACCAUUUCAUAAAGGUUUAAUCUCUAUUCCAUCAGCUUCAAAAUCGAUUUCAAUACAAAAUGCAUUAGAUUUCUUUCCAAUAAAUGAGAGACUGAGAAAGAGCAAUAACUCAAUCUUUUUGAGGUACCGGGUAAUAGGGCGGGUCGGGUCUAAUUUUAAACCAAAUGGAGCAACAGCCUUAAAUACGUGCCAAGUGUCCAAUCCGUUAAGUUAGGAGUAUAUGUGUUUGAAUAGUAAGACGGCAGGGAUUUUUUUGAUCCAAUAGUAUAACGAGGGAUAAUUUUAAAUAAUUUCUAAUAGUAGAAGGAUAUAUUAGGACCUUUUCCCUACAUUGUAUUUGUCUCUGUUUUUUGUUUUCUUCCUUUUCAGUUAAGACUUGGGAAACAAACUAACCCCAGGGCUGUUUGCAAGUGACACGUGUCUUCGUGUGAAUACCUAUCUCUGUUGUUGCGGUCUCAACUCUCCACAUCUCCUUAAAAAAUCAAAGUUAAAAAUUUCUAGUUUCGCAUUUCGAAGAGAAAAGCUCGUUCUCUUGGAGUUCCUUGCCCUAAACACCAUAUCAGUUCUCAGAUAUCAUAACAAGAAGUGAAUUGGGAAAGUGAAAAAGAUGACGAGCAAAUUAAAGUGUCAGCUGCUUGUGCUGGCAGUCCUACUGCUAAUAGCGAUUAGCCCAAGUUUGCAGACUCGACUAAGAAAUGAAAACAAGGUGAAAACGUCUAUUUUCCGAUCACCAAAAUUUGUGCUGGAACCUGGAUUAGUAUGUAACAAAUUUUACUACGACAUAGCUUUCCCAAAAGGCCAUAUUGCUAUCAAAAGUUUCAAUGCUGAAGUAGUAGAUGAGGCACGAAAUCCUGUCCCUCUUCAUGAAACAUAUCUCCACCACUGGCUUGUUGUAAGAUAUUAUCAACGAAAAGGUGCUAAGGUGUCAAAGUACCAUGGCGAUCUGAGGUUCCAAAAAUCUGAUUUUAGUAUAGCGAGUAACUCAGGGAUGUGUGAAAGGGAUCUUUAUCAAUAUUUUGGCCUCGGGUCUGAAACUCGUAAAACAGCAACAUAUGUUCCAGACUCUUAUGGUAUAGAAGUUGGUAAUCCAGGAGAAGUACCUCCUGGAUAUGAGGAGAGAUGGUUGCUUAAUGUACAUGCGAUUGAUACACGAGGUUCUGAAGAUAGGCUAGGAUGCACAGAAUGCAGGUGUGAUCUUUAUAAUGUUACAAAGGAUGAGUAUAACCGGGAUAUAGGACCAGAUUAUAUUGGAGGCUUGAGAUGUUGUUAUGAUGAAACAAGAUGCAGAGUUGAAGAAGGGUUUCAGGGUCAUAAGAGAAGCUUGUACCUGAAGUACACGAUCAAAUAUGUUGAUUGGGAUGCCUCUGUUAUUCCUGUUAAAAUUUAUAUACUUGAUGUUACUGAUACAUGGAAAAAGCCAGAAUCAACAGGACUUAUGUCAAGACAUCACUGUCAGAUUGAGUAUGAUGUUGAGUCAUGUGCUAGUGCUGUUGCUAAUGCUGGAUGCGUGCAUAAGAAAAAGAUCAGUGUAACUUUGCCAAAUGGUGGAGAUGUUAUUUAUGGAGUUGCUCAUCAGCAUUCCGGUGGGACUGGUUCAACUCUCCAUGGCGAGGAUGGACGGGUUAUUUGCUCGUCACUUCCAAUCUAUGGGGAAGGAAAGGAACCAGGAAAUGAAGCUGGUUAUAUUGUUGGGAUGUCCACUUGUUAUCCGAAGCCUGGCUCUGUCAAGAUAUCUAAGGGAGAAACUCUUACUUUUGUAUCAAAGUAUAGCAGUGCCCAAAGGCAUACAGGAGUUAUGGGCCUCUUCUAUAUUUUGGUUGCUGAACCGUCACAAAAGCGCAGCUCUAUCCUGCAUUCUACAGACAGCACUGGUGAAAUUGUAAUAUUACAUAAUGCUGUUUGGGCCAUAGCAGGGUUUGGGAUUGCAGCACUUGUUGCUGCAGCUGUAACUUUUCAACGAGAGAGCGGAAGAGAGGAAGGGUAUGAAUCUAUCCUAAUGUGAGGUUCUUUCAGUCCAAUUUCUGAUGACCGGUAUAAUAUACAAUGUGAGCUAGAUUUUGUCGAUUCAAGUUGGUCCUUGGUGCUGAUGCAAAACUUUUGCACAGUUUCACUGGAUGUGUUUUAGUGUAUGGGGUGAUAUGGUCUCUUGCUUUUCUAGCUACCUAUAGCAUUGCAUAUGUCUGUAUAUCGGAUAGUGAAUACUUUGUUUCCUUAAGAGUAUUUGUAUUGAGUUUCAACUUCGUCCAAAGCUAAUUCAGUCGUAUCUGCCUUUGAGAAAUAGCCUGAAUCAGGCUUUAGAUGGUGUUUAAGAUAAGACAAUAUCCAUGGGAAGAGGUUUGAUCAACAAACUAAAUGCAGAUGGAGAGCUUCUUGUCUUGUUAAAUACCGUAUAAAAACGCGCCUUUUUUGCAUGCUCUAUAUGGUCACAUGUACAAGUACAACAGCUAUUGAUUGUUGCAAAAAAGAUUGGUAUUUGUUGUUGUAAUUAUUUUCCAGCCAAUAGCUUUGUUUCUCAACUGUAUUUGACAUGGUCAACGCAUAUGAACAUCAUAAAUGACUGUCAUUUGCAGAAUAUAACAAGCUUCUAGUGAAU